AUGUACCAACACUUCAGGCCCAUGUGGAGCCGAUUCGCCCAAUUCAAGCCCAUCCAUGUGCUCAAACCACAAUCUUUCAUGGGCCGUAUCUUUCCGAGAAUGGCCCGCUACCAGUCCACCGUGCCUCCACCUCAAGCACCAAAGGCUACCGGUAUCAGAGCAUUGGUCAAGGAAUAUGGAUACUCUGCGCUUGGAAUUUACUUGUUUUUGAGUGCAUUGGACUUGCCCAUCUGUUAUGCCAUUGUUCAUUCCGCUGGAAAGGAGCAGAUCGAGAUCUACGAAAACAAGGUCAAGCAGUACUUUGGCUUCGGAAAGAGCGAUGAGGAUUUGAAGAGACUCCAGGAAAUCAAACGGAUUGAAGAGGAAACUGCACGCGAGAAGCUUCCUGAUGCAUCUAAGGAGAAACAAGAUAUGUUUUCCUGGUUCCUGUGGACCGAGUUGGCGAUUGCCUAUGGAAUCCACAAGUCUGUAUUUAUAUUUGUCCGCAUUCCCUUGACCGCAGCUAUAACUCCAUCUAUUGUCAAGCUUUUGCGCGGCUGGGGCUUCCAAAUCGGCAACAAGGUGGUGCCUCCUCUUGGUGUCCAGGCCACAAAGAAACAUAAAUGGUUUUGGUUCUUUUAA